AAAAUAACAAUACCUUCCAAGUGGUACAAAGUUGUUCCUUUUUUUUAACUUGUACUUCCUAAGGUCUUUGACAAUGUAAUAAAUUUAGUUAUUAGCUAGAAUAAUUAUUUAUAUAACUUGUAUAAAUAUUGUGAUUUAUUCAGUUUCUGAUUAAAUAAGCACAUUUCAUAUUACCUGCCUCUAUGGAAUAGCAUUCUAAAACUGUUCAGAGAUUCUUAAUCAUUCUGUUCAAAGAUUCUUAAUCAUUCUUUUGUUUUUCAGUAUUUUGAGGUAGAGGAUUCUUUCUAGGCUUUAGUCUUUUCACCCAAUGUUAACCAGUGAUGUUACUUAAAUCACUAGAUGAUAGAAAACAUCUUUCUGUCCCAGUAGGAGGGGAUUUAAUUCUAUAAUGUGAACCUAAUAUAUAUUUUACAUUGUGCUUAGCUACUUUGACAAAAGAUAUAUUUAAAACAUUGCUCUAAAUGUCAGGACACUUAAAAUAUUUGUAAGCAUUUUUCAGGAAAAUGUCUUUAAUAAAUAUUCUGUGAAUAUAUUAAUGAUACUGACAAAAAUAAUUAUUUUAGGAGAAUUCAGGUUAAAAAUGGGAGAGUAUUUACCAGUAUUAUAUGUCAUAUUAGAACCCUGACUGGCAGUUUGAUGGACUGGGGAAGAAAAAAAUGAUCUCCAAUAAAUCAGUAACAAACUUUUCACCUUCAGCAAUAGUGCUAAUUAUUUUUUUAAAUAGAGUUUCCAGAUUCAGACAUGUGAUGCACAGAAGCAUAUCUAAUUUAAAAGUGUAAAUUGGUAACCUUUUUGAGGAGGAAUGAGAAAGUAUGUGGAAGUUGACCUGAGGGAUGAAAAGAUUCUUUUGCUGCUAAAAUAUAAAUACUUAUUGUUUGAGUGUAUCCUCUAACACUCUUUAAGGGAAUUUGGGUGAAGGUACAGAGUAAAAACACCUAUGAGAGAACAUUCUGGCUUAUGGAUUAGAUUGCAUUAGUAAAUAGGAGAACAAUUUGGUGAAUAUGAGUAAACAAAAAUUCUGGGUAAGAAAUUUCACCAUUUGCAUUUAUUUGGAUGUGAAAAAAUUAAUGUUUUUAAACAUUUGUUUUAAAACAUUGCUUAUUGUAGCAUGUAAGCUUAUGUUGGGUGGAAAAAGUACAAAUGGGAAAUUGAAAUGUUUUAAACAUAUAAAUUAAAUAAUCGAUCCUAAAAUUUUUGGUUUUGUUUUUUUGGGGGGUUUUUGGUAAAGUAAUCUGGAUUGCUUAUUUUAUAUGCUGGGAUGCUAGUUGUUUUUUCUAUUAAUACACUUAACUUGCAUUCUAGCUUCGCCAUUCAGAGACAGGCAUCGUGUGGUGGGUUGUGUGACAGUGUCUGUCAAUAGUGAAGACAAAUAGUGCCAGAGACACUUAACCCAUCCAAUCUCACCCAGGGUAUAGGAUUUGCCUCUGAAGCAGGGAGUGUCUGCAUUAAAAAUGACCUGUAGUUCUCUGCUUCAUAGAUGCUUCUUCAGCUCCCUCCUCUUCCUCCAUGGGCGGUGCUUGCAGCUCCUUUACCACCUCUUCCAGCCCUACCAUUUAUUCUACCUCAGUCACCGACAGCAAGGCUAUGCAAGUGGAGAGCUGCUCCUCAGCCUUGGGGGUAAGUAACAGAGGGGUAAGUGAAAAGCAGUUAACCAGUAACACAGUCCAGCAGCAUCCAUCAACACCGAAGAGGCACACAGUCUUGUACAUCUCACCACCACCUGAGGACUUGCUGGAUAACAGUCGGAUGUCCUGCCAGGAUGAGGGGUGUGGAUUGGAAUCUGAGCAGAGCUGCAGUAUGUGGAUGGAGGAUUCCCCCUCCAACUUCAGUAACAUGAGCACCAGUUCCUACAAUGAUAAUACUGAGGUACCUCGUAAAUCACGAAAACGAAAUCCAAAGCAGAGGCCGGGGGUCAAACGACGAGAUUGUGAAGAAUCUAAUAUGGAUAUAUUUGAUGCCGACAGUGCCAAAGCACCUCAUUAUGUGCUUUCUCAGCUUACCACGGACAACAAAGGCAACUCAAAAGCAGGAAAUGGAACAUUGGAAAACCAAAAAGGAACUGGAGUAAAAAAAAGCCCUAUGUUGAGUGGACAGUAUCCUGUUAAAAGUGAGGGAAAGGAGCUGAAGAUACUUAUACAACCUGAGACCCAGCAUAGAGCUCGGUACUUGACUGAAGGUAGCCGUGGCUCAGUCAAGGAUAGAACACAGCAAGGCUUUCCUACAGUAAAGCUGGAAGGCCAUAAUGAGCCAGUAGUGUUGCAAGUGUUUGUGGGUAAUGACUCUGGUCGAGUGAAACCACAUGGAUUUUAUCAGGCCUGCAGGGUAACUGGACGAAAUACAACUCCCUGCAAAGAAGUGGACAUUGAAGGCACUACUGUUAUAGAAGUUGGCCUUGAUCCGAACAACAACAUGACACUAGCGGUGGACUGCGUAGGGAUAUUGAAAUUGAGAAAUGCUGAUGUUGAAGCCAGAAUAGGAAUUGCUGGUUCCAAGAAGAAAAGUACUCGUGCCAGAUUGGUUUUUCGAGUUAAUAUCACACGGAAAGAUGGCUCCACUUUGACACUGCAGACACCCUCUUCUCCGAUUUUAUGUACUCAGCCAGCAGGAGUGCCAGAAAUCUUAAAGAAAAGUUUGCAUAGCUGUUCAGUGAAAGGAGAGGAAGAAGUAUUUUUAAUUGGCAAGAACUUUCUGAAAGGAACUAAAGUGAUUUUCCAAGAAAAUGUUUCUGAUGAAAACUCUUGGAAGUCAGAAGCUGAAAUCGACAUGGAAUUAUUUCAUCAGAAUCAUCUUAUUGUAAAGGUUCCCCCAUAUCAUGACCAACAUAUAACUUUGCCAGUAUCAGUGGGAAUAUAUGUAGUGACCAAUGCUGGAAGAUCUCAUGAUGUUCAACCAUUUACUUACACUCCAGACCCAGCAGCAGCUGGUGCUUUGAAUGUAAAUGUGAAGAAGGAAAUAUCUAGUCCAGCAAGACCUUGCUCUUUUGAAGAGGCCAUGAAAGCUAUAAAGACUACUGGAUGUAAUUUAGAUAAGGUAAAUAUUCUUCCUAAUGCUCUGAUCACUCCACUCAUAUCAAGCAGUAUGAUUAAGAGUGAAGAUGUUACUCCAAUGGAAGUGACAGCAGAAAAAAGAUCUCCUAUUUUUAAGACUACAAAGACAGUUGGAUCAACUCAACAAACAUUAGAAAAUAUCUCUAAUAUGACAGGAAAUGGCUCUUUUUCAUCAUCAUCAUCUUCUCACUUACCCUCUGAAAAUGAAAAGCAGCAGCAGAUUCAGCCCAAGGCAUACAAUCCAGAAACCCUGACAACUAUCCAAACACAGGACAUUUCACAGCCUGGUACCUUUCCAACAGUUUCUGCUUCUAGUCAGCUGCCUAACAGUGAUGCACUACUGCAGCAGGCCACACAGUUUCAGACAAGAGAAACUCAAUCUAGAGAGGUAUUACAGUCAGAUGGAACUGUGAUUAAUUUGUCACACCUGACUGAGGCAUCACAGCAACAGCAGCAGUCACCACUACAAGAACAAGCACAGACUUUACAGCAGCAGAUUUCAUCAAGUAUGUUCCCAUCACCAAGUAGUGUGAGUCAGAUACAGAACACCAUUCAGCAGUUGCAAGCUGGAAGUUUUAGCGGCAGUACUGCUAGUGGCAGCAGUGGAAAUGUUGACUUGGUUUUAGAGGCACAACAAGUUUUAGAGGCACAACAACAGUUAUCUUCAGUUUUGUUUUCUUCUCCAGAUGGUAAUGAGAAUGUUCAAGAACAGCUUAGUGCAGACAUUUUUCAACAAGUCAGUCAAAUUCAAAAUAGUGUAAGCCCUGGAAUGUUUUCCCCGACAGAGCCAGCAGUCCAUACCAGACCAGAUAAUUUAAUAGCUGGAAGAGCUGAAAGUGUUCACUCACAGACCGAAAACACAUUAUCUAAUCAACAGCAGCAGCAACAGCAACAGCAGGUGAUGGAAUCAUCAGCUGCAAUGGUGAUGGAGAUGCAACAGAGUAUCUGCCAGGCUCAGAUUCAGUCGGAAUUAUUUCCUUCAACUGCUUCAGCAAAUGGAAAUCUUCAGCAAUCUCCAGUUUACCAGCAGACUCCUCAUAUGAUGAGUGCAUUACCUACCAGUGAAGACAUGCAAAUGCAAUGUGAAUUGUUUUCUUCUCCUCCUGCAGUUUCUGGAAAUGAAACUAAUACAACCACCACACAGCAGGUUGCAACCCCUGGCACUACCAUGUUUCAAACGUCAAGUUCAGGAGAUGGAGAGGAAACAGGCACACAAGCAAAACAGAUGCAGAACAGUGUCUUUCAGACCAUUGUCCAAAUGCAACAUAGUGGGGACAGUCAACCUCAAGUUAACCUUUUUUCAUCUACAAAAAGUAUGAUGAGUGUUCAAAAUAGUGGUGCCCAGCAACAAGGUAAUGGUUUAUUCCAGCAAGGUAAUGAGAUGAUGUCACUCCAAUCUGGAAAUUUUUUGCAGCAGCCUUCUCAUUCACAGGCUCAGCUUUUUCAUCCUCAAAAUCCUAUUGCUGAUGCUCAGAACCUUUCCCAGGAAACUCAAGGCUCUAUUUUUCACAGCCCAAGUCCUAUUGUUCACAGUCAGACUUCUACAACCUCCACUGAACAGAUGCAGCCUCCAAUGUUUCACUCUCAAAGUACCAUGGCUGUGCUACAGGGCUCUAAUGUUUCUCAAGAUCAGCAGUCAGCCAACAUAUUUAUUUCCCAAAGUCCAAUGAAUAAUCUUCAGGCUAAUGCAGUAGCCCAGGAAGAACAGAUUUCAUUUUUUGCAGCUCAGAACUCAAUUUCUCCACUUCAGUCAACGUCAAACACUGAGCAGCAAACUGCUUUCCAACAGCAGCCUCCAAUGUCACACAUUCAGACCCCCAUGCUUUCUCAAGAACAGGCACAACCCUCCCAACAAGGUCUGUUUCAGCCUCAGGUAUCCCUGGGCUCCCUUCCUCCUAAUCCAAUGCCUCAAAACCAACAAGGGACAAUCUUCCAGGCACAGCACUCAAUAGUUGCCAUCCAGAGUAAUUCCCCAUCCCAGGAGCAGCAGCAGCAGCAACAGCAGCAGCAACAGCAGCAGCAACAGCAGCAACAACAACAGAGUAUUUUAUUCAGUAAUCAGAAUACCAUGGCCACAAUGGCAUCUCAAAAACCACCACCACCAAACAUGAUAUUCAACCCAAGUCAAAAUCCAAUGGCUAAUCAGGAGCAACAGAACCAGUCAAUUUUUCACCAACAAAAUAAUAUGGCCACAAUGAAUCAAGAGCAACAACAGCCCAUGCAAUUUCAGAACCAGCCCACAGUUUCCUCACUUCAAAACCCAGGUCCUACCCAGUCUGAAUCGUCACAGACUUCCUUGUUCCAUAGCUCUCCUCAGAUGCAGCUGGUCCAGGGGUCACCCAGUUCUCAAGAGCAGCAAGUAACUCUCUUCCUCUCUCCAGCAUCCAUGUCUGCAUUGCAGACCAGUAUAAACCAACAAGAGAUGCAACAGUCUCCUCUUUAUUCCCCUCAGAACAACAUGCCUGGAAUUCAAGGAGCCACAUCUUCACCUCAACCACAGGCUACUUUAUUUCACAACACUACAGGAGGCACAAUGAACCAACUACAAAAUUCCCCUGGCUCAUCUCAGCAGACUUCAGGAAUGUUCUUAUUUGGCAUUCAAAAUAACUGUAAUCAGCUUUUAACUUCUGGACCAGCUGCAUUGCCAGAUCAGUUGAUGGCCAUAAGUCAGCCAGGCCAACCACAAAACGAGGGCCAGCCACCUGUCACAACACUUCUUUCUCAGCAAAUGCCAGAGAAUUCUCCACUGGCAUCCUCUAUGAACACCAACCAGAACAUUGAAAAGAUUGAUUUGCUUGUUUCAUUGCAAAACCAAGGGAACAACAUGACUGGCUCCUUUUAACUGGAUAUAAAUUCCAUGAAGAAAAUCCUGAUUCCAAGAUGUCCUGAGAUCUUGUGAUUCCAUGAGGAUUAUUGAACUGUUACUUUAAAAACAAAAUGAAAUAUGAAAAACUAUGAUGGAGUAAAUGGAUAGAUUUUACUCUGGCGGCAGAUGAGCACACCUAUGCUGCCUGUUGCAGUGACUAGCCACCAUCGUUAACAUGUUCAGAUUUUGUAUUCCUAAUAGCACUGAUGACUGAGAAUCUGCUUGAGUUUCAAGCUGACAGAUUUAAUUGUUGCUAUUUUCCUAGGGGCUAUUUCUUUAAAAGUACAGUUUAAAUUUAAAAGCCGGACUGCUCAGUUAUUAUUGCUAUUAGAAAAUAACCCAUAUUGUCAUGUUUACUUUUGUUCUUUGUCAUUUUCUUUCCUGCAUUGUUUUAGUCAAAUAACAGCUUUUGAAAAAGGAAAAUUCAAAUAAUAACUAAGGCUGUGAUUUUUCAAUAUAAAAAGCACAGCUAUUGGCCAAAGUGAAGGAAUCCUUUUUCAGUUUUUAUAGAAAACUGGAGAGAUAGCAUUCUGACAAGUAAGCUGUAUUAAGAGCUUUACACAGAGAAGAGGCUUCUUUAUCACAAAGGCAGACAACACACAACUAGGAACAGCUGGAGUGCUAUUGAUUUUAUUUUUCAGAUUGUUGUUUAAUUCUCUGUAUUUCUGAUAAGGAGUUCAGCCAUAAGUACAUAGAAGAAUAAUUAUCUUGCUCUUUAAAAAGUGAAGGGGAUAAUAUUAUGGUAAAUUAUAUCUGAUAUCCUCUUGCAGUAGUUUAAAUUGACACAGCAAUUUAAAUCUGUUUUCUUCUUAACCCAGUCUUGGGCUGGUUGUUCCCUUUUUAUAUUCAUCUAUAUUAUUCCCCUCCUUUUCACUUUAUUUUAAAAAAUUGGUAAUAUAUUCCUAGCUUUGUGACCCUGUAGCAUCUUAAGGAAAAGGCCACUUUGAUCUGGGGUAACCCAGCAAGUCCUGCAGCACAGGUGGGAGGUGUAAGGAGAGCUGAUUUUCAGGAAUGAGGAGAGCUGAUUCCUGAGAAACAAAAAACAAUGCAUUUUUCUCCAUGAACGGUGCUGUUCUGAAGUCUUCAAAUUUUUCCCUCUAAUGGGAAACAGUAUAAAUUUUAAUUUUUAAAAGGCAAAGUAAAAUUUCUUGAAGUAUAACUUCUCCAUGAGCUGCAGUGAGUGUAAUUUACUUGUCACCUUAGUGCUUUACAGUUUGAAGUGGUCACUAUCUGAUGGUUCCCACAAGCCUUAGGCUCUACAGGGUCAUGUCAUUGACUUAAAAUGAAGAAUUAACUUGUGUUUCAUCUAUAGAGAGCAAAAUAACACACUCCAGAACUUGUAGUUGUAGCAGUUAUACAGUUUUGGGUGUUCUUACCACCCAUGGGAUGCUUGCUUCUCAUUACAACCUGUUGUGUAGACACAUGCUUAUGCCUUAUUUUUCUUUUGGCAUGUAGAAAGCUGUUAAUACAGUUUAAGGCCAAAUUGUGUGUGGCUUCUAUAUGUAGAUAAGAUGUUUUGGUAUCUUGUCAGUUUCAUUUUUUUUUAAGUGUACAAAAAAAUAGCCUGUUGAUUGUUUGUUGAAGGCUAUUUUUCUAUUUGGUUUGUUGUUGUUGUUGUUGUUUUCUAUCCUAUACAUUUAGUUAAACUUAGUGGGAUUGUGGUCUUGGUUUUGUUUAUACAGCCAGAUUUUUCCCCUUUUUUUGUGAUCUUCCUUGGUUCUUUGAAUGUGCUCUUCUUCUAAUUUGUUUUUUUUCUUACUCACAUAUUCUUCCCAUCACCCCCAACCUUCCUUUCUCUCUCUGAUUGAGAGGCAUUGAAUUACGUUUUCAGUAGUACAGGCUUCUUGCCGAUAUGAAGGGAACUUUUCAGAAAGAGACCUACUCUGGGUCAUUUAAUUUUGAAUACAGUUUUCAAUCGUUCAAGUUUUGGAUGGUUUAUAUCUAAUGUGUGUUUCAUUUUUUUGGAAAGCUAUAUUUUGUAUUUAGGAAAUGGUAUACUAUUUUGCUAUUUGUACUGAGUGAGUACAUUGGCAUAAAUAUAGAAAUUUAUAUAUAUACAUAUAUAUAAACUAUUCUUUUUUGCCACACAUUUUUGUGGUAAAUUUGUGAGUUAGUCUGAUGUUCUACCACAACGUGGCAUCUGAUAACAGUGAGGGGGGGUUUGUUAUGUCUUUAUUGAGUAUUUAAGUAUCUUUUGAAACAAAUGACCUGUUUAUCUGUGGCCAUUCCAUCAGGCAGUUCUUUGAUGUUCCUAGUGGGCUAAAGGCAGCUUACUGUGUGUUUGCUGGAUAUUUUACUCAGCAAAAUGUUAGAGUAAGGAAACCCAUCUAGGCAGUUGUGUCAAAUGGUGUUUCAUGAGAAUGAGCCAUUCAGUCUUUGCUCACUAUAUAUUUAAUAUUUUAUUAUUGUUAUUAUUAUUAUUAAUUGGCUUUCUGUGUUCUAUGCUUUUUUAUUUAUAAAGACACUAAAAAUGUUUGUAAUUUUAAUAACAUUUUCCCCACCUUGUAAUAUCCAGAGCUACUUUAUAAAUUCUCUGAACUGAAAGCAUUUUCCUCAAUAUAUCUCUUCUCCCCCCAUCACUAUCGAGAAAAAUUACUCAAUAUAGUUCAGGUUAUGAGAAAGACCAGCCACACAAUCCAGUGCUUCAGUUUUAAAAUGUAAAACUCCAACUGCAGAGGGAACAUUGCUCUAUGGAUGAAGUGGUGGCAAGAAGACUGGCUGUGUGCUGAUUUCUGUUGUUUAGCAAGAGGUUUAUCAUUGUAAAAUGCUGAUUGCCAAUGCCAAGUCACCAGGGACCAAUUUUCUGUUUUAUAAUAUCUAAGUUUAGAACAGAACAUACACCUGAAUGGUUUGAUUGGACAGAGGCAGAAAACCCAGUUUUUAUUUUCAUAAAAUUUGUGGUUAUUUAUACAAGGGCUGUGCUAUGCUACCAUAUUCUUAUUCAAUAAUGAUGUUGUGUGUUUUUUUUUAACAUUAUUAAAUGUUCCUUAUCCCUAAACGUCAAUGUUAGGUACAGCAUUCUGAAUAUACAAUUUGGUUACAAAAAUAUUUAUCUUCUUAUUGAAGAGUUAGCUUAGUGGUCAGUGGUUGAUACUUGUGCUAAUAAUACAGUUUCCAGAUUACUGUUACAAGUUAUUUAUGGCAGAAGGUCCUAAAUAAGUUAUGAACCACAUUUUAGUCCUUUGUUUUGUUAUAUUCAAUUGUUCUUGCUUUAGCAACUCACAUUAAUGCUUGGAGCUUAUUUCUGUGUCUGUGUUAGUGUUUGUGUGUGUUGUAUUCCUUAUUGUCAUUCCAUUAUAUAUCCACACCAACAUGGGAGAAGAUAAUUAGAAGUCAUAAUUUUGCUUCUGAGCUUUAUCAUGUUACCUUUGUAGUUAGAGUCAUGUUUUUAUUUAGCCAAUGCAAAUCUGUUUUCACCAGUCUCCCUAGAACAGGUUUUUUUUAGAGGACUUUGUUAUAGAUGCGGUAUUAAUGAGGGACCUUCCUUCCUUUUUUCCGUUCCUUCCUUUCUUUUUCCUUUCCUCUCCUUCUCCUCCUCCUCUUUUUCCUCUCCUCCCCCUCCUCCCCUUUGUCCUCUCCCUCCCCCCCCCCUCCUCCUUCUCUUCCUUUUUGUAAUACUGUAUAUGCUAUAGUUGGGAGUUUCAUUAUAUGUGUAUUUCUGGCCCAUCAGAACUUCAUUUAAUCUGCUAAGGGGAAGUAGUGCCCAAGGAAAUGAGAAAGUAGUUAUAGCUGAGUCCCUCUAGAAUUAAGAUAAUUCCUUUUGACUAUUUAAGCCAUUCUAGAUGCUUGUUUUGGAAAAGUAAUAUCUGUUUAGACUCAGCACUAAUUAAAGAACAGAAUUAAAUGCUUUAAUUAAUAAGUCAAAGUCUCAAAUUCAAUAUGACUUAAAAAUAUUCACCAGAAGUAACUUGAGAAUUUUUCAUCUUUCUGGUGAAAUUUUCUAUUCUAAUAUCUGUUUCCUAGUUGAUUUUCUUAAUCAGUUGAAAAUUAUAUUAAGACCUGUGAGCUUUACUUAGCUUCAUGACCACAGGCUGCAUCCCUAACCAAGACAACCAUGUGAUAGCUGAAUGACUUUGGUUAUAUGCAGGGAGGGACUUAAUGAAAGAGAGAGACUGAAUAGUUCAGCAGCUUUAUUAGAAUAAUAACUCAGAGAAUAUACCCUACUAAGUGGUUUAGUAAAAUCUAAUAACAUGUAUAAAAAGGUUUUCUCCUCUGCUUAUUUGUAUCAGUAGAGCUAAAUUGUGGAGAUAAUGUUCAUAAUGUAGUAAAUGUCAAAAUAAUACCUACAAUGUAAUCUGUGAAUUGUCCCAGGGCUGUAAUUACUUCUUUAGUCCCCAUUGAUUUUCAUGCCAUUCUAGCCUCACUUAUUAAUAAAAUUAUAUUUUUAUUCUACUUUCUCUUUUGGACAUUUUAAAAUUAAUAUUUUAUAUCUAAAUUAAAUGAGAGAGUGCCUUUUACCAUGAUAGUGCCCCUCUUUUUGUAGUUUCUUUUUUCACUAUUGCCAAAAAUACAUACAUUAUUUUAAUAGGUCCCAGUUUGAACUUUUCCACUUAGUCAUUCUCUUUUCUUCAUUUCUUUCUUUUCUUUUUGAAGAUCUACUUGGCUUUAUUAAGCAAUUCAUGAAUUGGGCAGCAUCCCAUCUAGCAACCAGAAGGGCAUUAUAAAGGGUUGUGCCAAAUAGAAGGUUUUUAUAGCUCUUUUUCUUAAUCAUCACAGGAAACAGCUUCAUAAGUUUCUAACUCCUUUUUGUAUAAGAGUAACAGAAAAGAUACAUUAUCAGAAUCAUUCCUCUGAGGGAGGGUAAGUAAAAGAUAACAGAAUUAUACUAUUUAGGUUUUAUAUAAAUUAACUAAAUUUGUCUUCAUCUCAGCCAACUAAUGAUAGAUCUUACCUGAAUGCUAGUGAAAAUUUUACUACCUAUGAGACUCCAUGCAUACAAAUGUGUGUGUAGUUAAAUUUCAGGAAGUGUUCAAAGCAUCUUCUGUGAUCUUAAUUAGAUGAGUGAAAGUAAGUCACAAACACAUAGUUUAAAUAAAAUCUGGUAAUGUCAGUUUUUCUAACUAGACAGGGCCAAGUAAUUAAUUAUAGUGCACUUCUUGCUCAUCAGAGCCUCAAUAAUCUACCUAUGAAAAAUAGUGUUAAAAGAAAUGAAGAAGUUAUAUCUGAGUCUCUCCAGAUCUCAGAUCUGAAUUGAGUAUUUCUCUGGUUUUUGUUAAUUUUGCCUAUGUUCCAUCCAGCUCCUUAACACGGUGGUGGUGCCUGAAGAAAGGACCAUCAGCAACAGGUCAGGAUAGAAUUAGCUUUGGGAUGAGCUGCUUUCCUCAUGUGAGUAUUUCCAUGGUUGUUAGUGACACUGAUGACUGCAAACAUUUAUGCAAUAUUCCUAAUACCCUAUUGAUAGUAUGCACUUUAAUCAUUCCAAAGAAGUCAAGGAUGCUGUAUAGUAAUGAUUCCUUCUUAAUGAAUACAUCUUAACCAUUUAGAAUGUUUAUGUCCCUUUUUAUUUUGGACAGUAAGUUAAUAUAAGUGUUAUGUGAAUAUUUUCUAAAAUGACUAUAGUAGGACUUAGACUUUGAAAUGUAAUUGACUAUAAGGGGAAAUGAUUACACUUCAGGAAAUCAUUUUAGAAACAUUAAAAUGAUCAGCUUGCUAAUCUAUAUGUUUGAGAGUUAAUUAAACCCAGCCCUCUUCCUAUAUAUUUUAUGUCCUGUACAUAAGAACAUUACAGUAUAUAGUUUUCUACAUAUAUGAUAUGUAUAAUCCAGUGGUUCUCAAAAUAUGUCCUUAGCCUACUAGCUAACAUCAGUAUCGCCUGAGAACUAGUUAGAAAUGCAAAUUGUUAAGGCCUAUCCCAGGCACACUGAAUUAGAAACUCUGGAGUGGGGCUCAGCAGUCUGUGUUUUAACACCCUCCAGGUGAUUCUGGUGCAUGGGUCAAGUUUGAAAAUUACUGGUAUAAACUAUUUACAAUAAGAUCUAAAAAGCCGUUUUUCCCUACUCAUAUAGUUAUACUUUGUUCUCUUAGUAAAUUCAGCUUGAUCUGGUUAUUCAUAAUCCUUUAUUGGCAAUGAUAACUUAUUCUCCAUACUGCUUAUAGUAUAUUUUAUGUAUAUAUACAAUUAGUCUAGUUAUUGAUAAUUCAGUUAACUUAGUUGGGCAUAUUCCUACCACUUACUAAAAAGUUUACAUUAAGUGACUGAUUUAAAGAUAUAGGUGCAAUGUUUUAUAUUUCUUUUAAUUGUUAUGACAUUUAAGUAGCUAAUAUAAUUGACAGGUGCUAAAUUAUUCUGUUUAUGCAUAAAAUGGGUACAUUGUGGGCAGUGAUAAUACAAGCUUUUUUUUCAUUGCCUCUUAUUUUACCAGCAGACAACAAUUUUGGUGUGGCUAGGCCAACUCUCAGAACAAAUUUGUCAUUCCUAUAUUUAUAUUUGUAUCUGAGAUAUUAAACAAGAUGGCUGGCCAGAUCAACAAAGCACCUUAUUUAAUUUCUUUCAUGAAUACAUGAAACUUCUUUAAAAGUAGCUUGCUUAGUAUGAGAACUGCUGCAGUAGAGUUAUAGCUAUCCUUGGAAUUUAUACUUCAGACAACGAUUUACUAAAAUCUUAAGACAGUAAUGCAUUAUAUAAUUUGGGCAUUUCUCCCUUGUCAAUGUAUGCACCAUGGUAAAUAUAAACUAACCACCAUAAGUUAAGUGAUUUAUUCAUUCAUUUUCAUCUUCCUGUGUAAUUUAAUACCUCUGUAAUUGUUCUACUCUUCCUCCCGCUGUUUACAAAUCAAUUAACUCAUGAAAGAAAAAUGCACAUUUCAAAAUAAAACUAAUUAUAUACUCUAUAAGAAUCACCACUGCUUAAUACUAGCAGUGGAAAUGUAAGUGGCUUACUCUACAAACUAUGGUGCUGGCAAAUACAUAGGCAAACUGUUGGGAGAUGCUCUAGCUACAUUCCUCCUUUCUUGUUCCCUUUCCUCUCUCUCCCCCACUUGAUUGCAUAAUAGUAUUCUGUACCCAAAACACUCUACCAUAAUUCUGUUUGACUUUAACUUGUAAUAUCUCUUUUAAAAGCCCAUAUUUAAGUCUCAUAUCACCCCUGCUCUUUUUUUCCUCAGAAGUAAUUUGCCUGAUUUGAAUAGCUCAUGGGAAUCACUUGUUAUUUUAGCUAAUGAACCUCAGGACAGCACACACACACAUACACCCCUCCCCCCACCACCACCAAUCUCAGAUGUUUGAGAAUGGGAUUGGAAUCAGACUAAUGUGUCCAGUAAAGAGCUGUCCACUGAAGUGAUUAUGACUUUAGGGACUACAAACUGAUUCCAAUGACAUUCAGCUAAUUCUUUUCAUCUAAUGAAUGUAUCUUCUCACCUUGUUCUCUUAUUUCUAAUUGAUAAGCUCCAAGUAGUUGCUAAUUUUUUGACAACUUUUACUUUGUCUUUUAAAUAAAUAUAUUACAAGUAUUUCAUUAACCUAUUCUCAAGUGGUUUAGCUACCAUUCUGCCAUUUAAAUUUUAUUUGCUUGAGCACACUGAUCAACCACUGAACUGCCUUCUUCCAUUGUCCUACAAUGACUAUUUUUGUGUAUGUGGCUUUCAUAGUUGGGGUUGCAGAGCACUGACACCAGAUAUUUUCAGUUUGUUCUCUGGGGGAAUUUUAUUUGCAUCUAUGUUUCUAGCUAUCUGUGAUAACUUGUUAAAUAUUAAAAAGAUAUUUUGCUUCUAUUGAACAUUUGUAUACUCGCAACUAUAUUUCUGUAAACAGCUGCAGUCAAAAUAAAAGAAUUGAAAGUUUUCA